AUGUAUGUGCAAGCGGUUCUCUUACCAGGAGGCAGGCCGACGUCUGCGGUCCCCCUCAUGCGUCCACCAACAACCGUAGUCGCGCCCCCAGAAGACGCAUCUUUCCUCAUCAAACCAUCGGAGAAGUCGUAUAAACACCAAUACGCGAACAUGUAUUUCGUGAGACUGCGAGCGCUGAGGGGAUUUGUCGAGCAGCAGGCAAAGAGGAGAUGGAACGAGCUCGCAGGAAAGCCGAAGUUCGUUCCCCGCGUGCUUGAUGUCGAGAGGGGGGAACUGUGUUUCGUGAUUGGCACGGUGUACAUGGAAAUGCCACUCAAACCCAAUGUGCUUGACGACAUUGCCCGAGACCGAUCUAUUCCUGCCCCUCCUCCGAAGGAGAAGUUCCACUCCGACAAGGACAGCGUGAUGCUGGAAGACGAGUCUGGGCGUAUAUGCCUGGUAGGCAACCGCAUACUCUCAACAUGCCUCGUUACCGGUGUAAUCCUCGGAGCCCUCGGUAUGGAGACCAGCAGUGGCGACUUCGAAGUCGUCGACUUGUGUUUCCCAGAGAUGGCGCCCCAGCCCUCCGCCGGUCUCGCAUGGCGGACAUCCUCGAGCGCGUCCGACUCCAUGGACACGGGUGGUACGCAUAUACCCACGACCCUAGCGUCCCCGGACGAGUGGAUAGCACUGGUUUCCGGCCUGGAAGUCGGAUCGGCGAACCCAACGGACGGGCAGGUUCAGAUACUCGCGGAGUAUCUGGCCGGCGAAGCAGGCGGUCUGGAUGACCAAUCCCAAGCAGCGCGAAUCUCGCGAUUAAUAAUUGCAGGCGACGCUUUAGGCUCAAUGGCCGCAUCCACGGGUGUCCUCAGCGGGGAGCCAGAGAAGAAAUCGGUACGAGUGAAGAACACGCAAUCAAUAUCAAUGAGCACCAACCCUGCGCAAAACCUCGCAAAACACCUCACGGACGUUUGUAGUUCCAUGCCAGUGCAUCUCCUUCCUGGGGCCUCUGACCCUGCCGCGACUAUCCUUCCCCAACAACCUCUUCCUCGCUCGAUGUUCGGAGGCGCUUCACAUUAUGCCACUUUCCACUGCGAAUCAAACCCCGCCUACAUUUGCAUCCAGAGAAACGACUCGACAGCUUCAACAGCCGGACCUUCUGAUGCUUCAUCAUCCAAGACCAAGUCACGGGUCGAUGACUCCGCUACGCGCACACUGCUUGUCCACUCCGGACAGCCCGUGGACGACAUGUUCAAAUACGUGCCGACCCCGCCAAUCUCUCGCAUGGGCCUGACGGAGGCAACGCUCCGCUGGCGACAUAUGGCGCCCACGGCGCCCGACACGCUCUGGUGUCACCCGUACUUCGCGAAAGACCCGUUCGUCAUGGCGCGCACGCCGGACAUCUACGCCGUCGGCAAUCAGCCCGAGUUCGCCACGAAGCUUGUUGAGGCGGAGGGGGAUCCCAACGCGGACGACAAGGCCGACCGGCUGACGAAAAGAUGCCGGAUCGUGCUCUUGCCAAAGUUCGCGACGUCGGGCACGCUCGUACUCGUGAACAUGCGGACGUUGAGCGUGAGAAGGACGCAAUUUGCAGUGGAGCGGAUGAGCGCGGGAGGGGGGGAAACAUGA